UGGAUAUUAGUCAUUAGUUAGAAAACACAAACCAAUACGGAGCCUUAUUUCAGCAUGAGGGCAGGAGACAAAUACUUUGACUGGCCUGACUGACGACAUGAGACAACCUUUGCUCCUUAUCAGUGUGCCACUGGCAGUUCUUCUCUCUGCCAAUGUGCUGGCUCAGCAGCAGGUACCGAUCCAGUUCCAAACAGACCCAGUGCUGGUUCAAACUGGUACUAAUAUAGUGUUCACAGUGCUGACAACACCCCAGGUCUUAUCCAUGACAUGGCAGUACAAAGGAGUUACUCUGGGUCUGUGGGCAGGAGGACAGUCAACACUUAACAGUGUGCUCCAGUUCCAGGGCAGGGUCACCAUCACUGCCAACCAGCUGCAAAUCGGAAACGCCCAGCUCGGAGAUGCGGGGAACUACACGGUGCAGGUGAUCCCUCUUGCUGCAACAGGCCUGGCCCUUAACUCUGGAUCGGUACAGCUGAGUGUGUUUGAUGCAGUGGCCGGGGUGAGACUGUUAGUUCCCUCAGUGCCGGUGGAGGGAAGAAAUGUGUCUCUGCAGUGUGCCUGGACUGCUGGGACAGCGAUUACAGUCCAGUGGGGCAAAGGAGGCGUAGCUGUUACUGCCAGCUCCAGAAUCACCUUCUCAGGCGGCUUUCUGAUCCUCAAUCCUGCCAUCCGGGGUGAUUCUGGACAGUACACAUGUACCGCCAGCAACCCUGUCAGCGCCCAAACUGCCACACAGACCCUCACCGUCUACUAUGGCCCUGACACCCCAGUGCUGACCAAGGACACCUCGAGCCAGUGUGUCGGAGGAGGGGAUGCGGUGGUGGGACAGACGGUGCGUCUCACCUGCAUGUCUGACUCGCUGCCCCCUGCCCUUUUCUCAUGGCAACAUAAUGGACAGUCGGUCACCGCCACCCAGGCGGGCAGCGGGGUAAUAACCAUUCAGACUUUCUCAACCAAUGAUAGCGGCAGUUACGUCUGCACGGCCAGUAACAUGAUCACAGGCGGCACGUCACAGCUGGGGACAGUUUUGACCAUCAUAGACAUAUGUCUUAAUGUGGGGCAAGUGGUGGGGAUUGUGAUAGGCUGUUUGCUGCUGAUUCUAAUCAUCGUGCUUCUCAUCGUGCUCAUUGUCUUGCUCAUGCGACGGAGGAGGGCACAACAGAGACAAGAAGAUACUGUGCCCGUGCAGAAGACCAACCCAAAUCCCAGGCCUACACCUCCAGAUCCACAUCCUAAUCGUGCAAGGGAUUUGGGCCAAGGUCCCCACCCCCCCCUCUAUUACACACGCGACCGUGACCACAUAUACACAGACCCGCGAGAAAACCACACGACACAACACAAUGAUCGUACCCACACAAAUAGACUCCUACACACUUCUAUACAGAACACUAAUUCACACCCACACAAUGGCAAUGACAACUCUGCUUUCACACACAGUGACGCUCAGAAUGCAAACACAUUCCCAAACACACAGCAGCAAAAUCCUAACAUUCUCAUACAGACUGGCAAUGCCCAGGGCGGUGCCCAGCUGCCCGCGGUCCACGUCAGUCUUAACCCGCUGCCACAAACUGCCCAGCAAAACAACAAUGCACAAAUGCCUACCAUUCAUGUCAAUCUUAACUCAUUCCCAACCAAUGGCCAACAGACUCAACAAGACAGCUCAUAUCCUGUAACCAACACAGCUGAUAAUAAUGCUUCACAAACCCAGCAAAACUUGAUACGUACAGGGCAAUCAAAUCCCACAAUGCAAAUUAGGCAGUCCAAUCAAAGUGACCCCCAACUGAAUGGUCACACAGAAACAGGUCACCAAGACCAGCCUGGGCUUAUCCCAACUGGAUACACACACUAUAACAGUAAUAACACUUCUCAGCGAAACGCCAACACACAGACGUACCAGCAGGAGCUAGAGGCUAAUAGCCGAAACUCAAGAAGCCAUGAUACCACUGCCAGCUCCUCCCGUCAACAGAUGCCAUGGGAUCGCCUCAGAGGGACACCAGCUUAUCCCAGUGGCACCCUUCAAAGAGGACAGACAUCACCUGAGUACAACUCUGACACUACAGACUACACUACCCAUCCUCCCAUGCGAGAGGCAAGAAUGCCAAACAGAUCUCAGCCUCAAUCUCAGAGCCAAAACACUUCCCGGAGUAGAGCUCAACCCAGACAAGAUGCACCAUCAGUAGACAGACAGACACAGAGCCGUUCAGCUGAUCUUCGAGGCCCAAACACUCACAGUGUAACACAGCUUGAGGCUGCACACCACACACAGAGAAGGCCCCACACACAAAGGGACAGUGCUCAGCGAGACAUCAGAGCUUCGCCUGGUAGCCAGACCGCCCCCAGGCAGGAAGCCACACACAGCAAUAACCCCCGGGCACUGCCUCUCAUGAGCCAGCAGGCCUCUGGAGGCCACUCUGCUUUGUCACAAGGACCCAGGACACAACAGGGACUGACUGCACCACAGGGUGCAGAUACAAGAGCUUUGGCUGAUCCUAAUCACCUUCCACAGGCACACAUGGCCCAACAACACAUAGCAGCACCAAUCCAAACACCACCACAAGGCCUGGGCACACAGACACAGCCUGUCAUACGUGGUGCCAGUCAACCUCGCCAAGGAGGCACUGCUCCAGUCCCAUUCUCUUCUGCCCAGCCUAAUCUCAGUAACCUAACCCAGGCUGCACUUAGAGCCCACACUGAGAGGGCUGAAAUAUUUCAGAAUCGGAAACAACAGACCCAGGCUUCCCUCCUUCACCCUGGACCACAGGCUGCUGGGGCUCAGGAUCCACCAAUUCCUCCUCCUGCUAUCCCUCUCACAGUGUUUCAGGCCCUCCCCAAGAAGCGUGCCCCUGACAAAUCCCCAACUAGGACUGGAAACGGCCACAUGCAUGUCAGUGCACACAGGCACGGACACCCGGCCCACAGGCACCCGUCUCACUUCACCCAGCCAUGGCAGCAACAGGCUCACAGACGGAGACCAAGAUGAUGACAGAUGUCAGCAGACUACACAUUGUCCCGCAUCCACUGACACAAACAGCUGACAGACGUAAGCCAAUAUACCACCAAGCAAGACUGACUGCACAAGGUUCUGCACUCAAAAAAGCUGUCAUACCCUGGGAUCUCAGUCCUGAAGUCAGUUUUUUAUACAAUCAAAAUGAACAUGGGGAUGAUAAAAUGCUGAAAGAAACUCUGGAAAACAGCCCUGCUUCCUAGAAAUAAAUGAAAAACUAACUCAAAGAAAGAGGCUUGAUCUGCCCACACACGCAUGCGCUCAUGCACGCACGCACGCGUACAAUGCACACAUACAUUGUACUAUUUUGAUUUCUGAGGUGCUGGUCAUGCAUCAAACUUAGCCAAGAGCGUGUGCAGAAAAGACAAGCUCAGUGAUCCAUAGCUCUUGACCAAGCUCACUUUACCUCAUCCAUUCAUCAUCAAAACUAAACAACACUACCUUGACAAAAUGCUUUGAGUUGCUUGCAUGACUGUGUGUAUCUCACACUUAAGAAGACAGGCUGUAAAUGAGAGGGGACUCUAAGGGACCGACUUGGCCCCUGGGAACGGUGACAAUUAUGAAAGGAGAAAUUAGCUGUUGGGAUGGUCUUAAUGUAAAUAGAACUAUUUAUUGUGUGCCUUCUGUUUCCAGAUGCCUCUUAUGACACUUAUCAAUUAAGGGGAUUUGUCUCAGCGGUGCUCAGACGUAAUGCUCAGCUAACUAUGAAGGGGAUCCCACCAAUUGAUGGGUGUUUAUUAAUUAAAUGCUUUUAUGUGACUUACAUUACUUGGAAAAUAAUCACACCGUGCAUGAAUGAGGUCAGCACAAAGACCUAAACUGGUAUGCUUUCUGCUGAAAAAGCACAGUGUAACAAUUUACUGUCUGCACUGUGUCAUUGACAGCACAUUAAAAAUGGUGGGAUGUCAUUAUUACUUUUACAGAUUAUGUAUUUAUUAUAAUGUUUGUGGGGUUUUUUAAACUCGGAGUACAAUAAUACAGUAAAAUGUAAUAUUUAGGUUAUACUAAUUAAUAUCAAUGUUGUUAUUUAUGAAAAAGUGUGACCAAAUUCAUGUGAAAUUUCAAUGAUAAGGCUGGUGAUAUUCUAUUUCCCUUAUUGUCAACAACUCCAAUAACAAACCAACAAUGAACUGAUCCCACUAACAAGUGUUGUCUGUGUAACCAAAAUGUGAUUUAUCUCAUUCUUCUGUGCCAUAGAGCUCUAUUGUUCAAAAACUAAUGAAUAUACAUCAGUGAGCCACACAGUUGCUCUGGGUGACCAUAAACAUGGGCACUGUAGUUUAUUAGAGUUGGUUUCAUAUACGCUAUCCUGCUGCUGUAAAUUCUCACUAGAGCAACAGAUGCUCCCAACAAAUGCACUGUCCAGCUGUUGCAGGAAAUUACUUAAACUUAUUUAAAACAAAAUCAUAUAUUUGCUACCUGUUUUUAAGUAGAAACAGAUGUGCUUGGGCCUGUAAUCAACAAAUCAACAAAAUACAUAAACUCAACAUCUAAAUUUGAAAACCAACAUGAACAAAUACACAGCAUGUCUUCCAGAUCCAACCAAACAUUUGGAGCAUGAGAUUUACUUUAAUGCCAUGAAAAAUUAAUACUUGUAAAUAGUUUACUGUAUACAGAUGUUCACUAUGUGAGAUGCUACAAACAAAGAAUGUAUCUUCCUCAGGAAGGAUUUGAACAUUGUUGCUUUAUGAAUUAUUCCAAGAUCUAAUUUUGCCAAUAAUAAUGAUGAUAAUAAUAAAGAAAUUUUAUGUUUAUGUUAA